AUGUUUUCUUUUGACACCACAUCCUUCAUCACUCUCUCAAAGGCAUUCUGUGAGACGACUCAACGCCAUGCGCAUGCGGUCGUGGUUGCAGGAGAGGCGAUCAAAGUCGACCGUCAUAUUUUCAAGGCGCCGCUUCAAGGUGAGCACGCGCACAUCUGGAUCGGCCUAUUGGUGAUUGAGUUGUCGUUGGAGGUCCCGGAUUUUAUGGCGGCUCUGUUCUCGUAA